GUUUGAGUGAAUAUAUAUGCACAAAAAUAGAAACCCCGACAUUAGCACACCGACCACUCACAGAUGAACAUGGCUUCAAGAACGAACAAGAACCACGUUCUGGCCGUGCUUCUCAUCUGUGUGUGGUGCUACUCGGAUGUUCUGGCCAGCAGUAAGCCUCAGUGUGACGACGUGAGUGACGAUAAUGUACUGAACCGUAAUGUUCGUAUUGUAUCAUGUUGUGUUGACUGCAAGUUAGAACUGAAUGUCUGUAUGUCUGGAUGUCGGAAGGAAGUACAAGAAAGACUGCUUUUAUUACCAUGUGAAAUGGAAUGCCGUGCAGAGUUCACGGAGUGUGAGGUAUGGUGUAGAAUUAACACGCCCUCACCGGUUUGAAGCUGACCUGAUCGACACUCAAAACAAUCACUCUUAAGCCUGGAAAUCCGAUACAAUACUUAUUUGGUUUGAUAUCCGGUGUAGCUCACUAAAACUAGUGACGUGACUUAGAUUACGGGAAAGGAUGAUUUUACUGUGCAUGUGUUUCAGGUUAGAGCACGUGCCUUUUGUUGACAACUGAAACAACACAAUCGUCAAUUCAUUUAAGGUUAUAACGCACGAACUAUUUGUAAAUGCCUGGAACAACAAAAGUGUUUAUUGAAUUCAUAUAAUCAAACAUCUGUAUAUUGAUAUUAUGAACACUUAAGAAUAACUUGAAAUUUCAAUAAUUAUGAUAAUGAUAGUGUUUUUGGUAAUGAACUGAGCUUCUAAGAACUUUAUAUAUUGAAAGAGUUUUUAGACUAAACAUGUACAAAAGAAUAAAAAACUAUUACACGA